AUCAUCUUUCUUUUUCAUUUAGAUUUUUAACACAGCCUCUGCUUCCACAAAAAUAUGAUCAUGCUUUCGUGUUGUCCAGGCUUAAUUGAAAUCAGUGCCAGGAGCAAAAAAGCAAAAUUUUGACGUAAAAGACAAAAAUAGGCAAAAUGAAAAUCUACUAAAAUAACUCCAGAAGCACAAUUAAAUGAUUCCUAUUGUCAAAAGUCACAAAAUAGUAACAAUACAUUGGCAUUUUGCCAAACUUCUGGGCUCUAAUGAUAAGUGAAAAUAACCUAUAAUCCAAGGGGAAGAAGAAAUAUAUGACAUCCCUGAAGAGGUAGCAUGAACAAUUUUGAGACAAAACAGAUUAAGAGGUCUAAUCUUUGAUGUAAACAAUGAAUUAGGUAUUGUGUUGAAGGUUGUUUGAAUUUGUGUCAUUGGCUUUUGAAAGGGGGGUAAACUGAAGCAACUCCUGUUGGUGUGCUACUGAAUAUAAUGUAGACAUAACAGUGUAAGAUAUCCUUGAUAAUUUUCAGAAAAAUGAAGAUAAUAUCUCAAUAUUUCAACUAAAUAUUUACUUGAAGUACACAUAUAAGACAGUUUCAGUAUUUGUUUACAUUUUUUUAACUUAAAAAAGUACAAAAUAUUAUUCCUAGAUAUCAAAAAUAUUUUAACAUACACAAUUUAUCCAAGGCCAUAUUCCACCCAUAUCUCCAUGCCUGGGGAAACGACUUCAAUGAUUUCACACUGUAUUGAUGUCCGAAUAAGUGAAUUGUGUCCGUUCAUGUCAAUUACUAAGUUUUCUUUUCGGUGCAUGCAGUAUUAGAAAUACAUACAUACUUUGUUUUGCGGAUUCUUACAGAAUAAAUCCAAUACCAACUAUGCGAAUGCCAUUCGCUGCUAUUUAAAUAAACCGCCUUAAAAUUAGGAUCAGAUGAGGUUCGAAAAGGUUCUGCUUGUUUCUGCUACACCGACACCAACUCCUUAAAAUAUGUUAAAUAACCCCCAUGAGCUGUUUAGCACGGUCUCGCUGUUGUCUAGAGUAGUUUUAGAGUUAUGCUAUAGUAUAUUGAUCGCUUUACGAGUAAUAUUCUAGUAUAGUAUUAGUCAAGGAAUUUCUCAUUUUCUCUGGAAAAUAUUAAACUAUAUGUGCUAUAUCCAUCUGAUAUAUGUGUAGGCUCUAUAUUUUUCACGUUUGACUUAUAAUACAUGUUUCUCAGCUGCCCUGGACUUCAAUUUGUGAUCACAACUUCUCGUCUUCAAAUCAUCUUCACGCGUUCCAAAUCCAAUCUCUUGGAUGUGGUGCCCUGGUGGUGCCGGCGACGUUUGUGGGUUGGCCAUGGAUACGGACGUCAUGGACAUUCCUUGCCGGCAUCUUGUUAGUGUUGAAUUGACAGCGGUGUACCAUGUAUCUUCUCAUCAUAAUGUUAACGUGUCUCUGUCCUGAAUCGUCAUUUGUCAUGUUGCGAUGGAAUAUUGACAUGCAGCCAAUUGUACACAUGAGUUUUCGGAACGAUCCUAGGUAGGCUGGAGAGACAAUUUCACGCAAUUAACGUAACCUACAAAUCAUAAUGACAAAUCCCGAAGCAACAGGAGAUCUCCCUCGAGUAUUGCGGGGAGAUGCUGUGGGUGACACUAUGUAUAGUGAGCGUUGGAUAUUAAAGCAGCUUAUAAGAAUAACUAAGUAUAUAGCAGGUGAAGAGGAGUUUAAUGAUGAUUUUGAGCUUGAUCUCUGCACUUUAUGGGAUAUGUGUGCAGAUAAGGAAGUAAUUGCUUUCACGAGGAAACACGGACUGAUAGCACUGGCUAUAAAUGCAAUAAUGAAGUCUCAGUCUCCAAGAUUAAGUGAAAUCAUGGUAGGAAUAAUAGGAAACAUGUGCACAUCAAAGAAUGUUCGUGAAGAAUGCAAACAGCGAACUGAUGUGAUAAGAGUUAUGAUGGAACUUCUAGCAUUUCCUGAUAGCCCUACUCUUAUACAAGUUAUGAGAGUCCUUCAAACAUUUGCAUGGGAGGUGAGCAAUAGUUCUCAAUCUCCACACGGAAGAAGAAAUGAAGAUGGUGACCAGAUUGACAAUGACCAUAAUGAGGCAGAUCAUAAUAAUGACUAUGAGAAUGAUUAUGAUUAUGACCCACUGCAUAUGCAUGACGAAUUCUAUGAGGAACGUGAUAUUGUCCAGAAUGCUAAUGAUACCAGGAAUCCAUCCCACAAGUCAGAAAGUGAUUCAUCUGAAGAAAGCAGCCUCUCAGACAUGGAAGUCGCACACACAUUGCCAACUAGCAGUAAUAAAUCUGGUGAGGAGCUGAAAUUUAGUACAGAGGAUAAAUCUGUUGAAAACCUGACGGAAGUUGACCAAGACAGGGUGGGUGAUUCUGAGGGCACAGGGAAGAGUGCAAAUAUUACAAUACAGUCUCAGGAGAGUGCAAAUGAAAAUAAAAAUCAAAACAUCGCAUCCUCUUCCACUGAGGUGAAAACUGCGAAUGUGGAUGAAGUAGAAGAAAUGAUUAUAUCGUGUGGACCUCAAUCCACAGAUGCGAGUGCUGAAGAAAUGAUUAUAUCUUGUGUACCACAAACCGCAGAUGUGAGCACUGAAGAAAGAUCAGAGCCAGGGAUUGGAACUUCAGCUGAUGAAGAUCCGUCAGGUGUAGCAGGGCCUUCAGCAAGUGUUGCUAGCACUUCAGGAAUGGGAAAAGAGGCUUGCCCAGAAAGUAGUGAGGAUGGUACCAGUUGUAGUAGUGGCCCUGGUGGUACUAGCGGAGGGCGGAGGUGUGCAGGUUAUGCCUGGCGUAAUAUUGAUGAUAAUGACUAUGAAGAUGAUGAUGCUGGUGAUGAUGAAAAUCCUGAAGUAGUUGCAGUUUCUGUAAAUGAUGAUUCUGUGAUUAUUGGCACAGCGUUUUUAUGGUAUGAGCAGUUUCUGAAAGUUGAAAAUUGGCUACCUGAGAUAGUAUAUAUUCUUAACAGUUCCAAGAAUGCUGAGUUAAUUGGUCUAACAUGGACUUUAUUGUCAAUUUUGUGCUACAUUCGUGUUGGAGAUUCAUACCUAUGCUGUAAUAUUUCGGGACCAGAUGUAAUGAGGGGCCUUCUAGAAUCUUUCAAAGAAUUCUUUGGACAAUAUGCUGACCUAGAUAAUUCUGCAUUUCAUGAUGUUUUGAAAUGUCGUAAAGGUGUGUUCAAAGCAGUUAUAAUGAAAAAUAUUUUCCAGAUGCUCACAUUUUUUAAUCAUUUUUUGCCAGUGGAUGGAGAUUUACACGAGUACCUGAUUCAUUCAUACACUAUUCUUGACCACGUUCUAAUGUCAGAACCCUAUGAAAUGUCGAGCUUUCGUGCAGGCAUUAAUGGUAUUUUACAAUUAUUGGAUGAUCUGACAGAAGAAAAGAAGAAACAGGAUGGAAAUAAUGUUUACCCUCGCUAUGCUGAGGAUGCCAUAGAUACAACAGAACGAUAUUUAAUGAACGUAUUACUUUGGCUCAAUAGAAUGCACAGUGCAGAUCGCCUUGGGGAGUUUGAAGAUGUCCGCAAUAAGCUUAUUGCAAAAUUUGGGUGAAGACAUCAUGAACUCGUGUAAUGCAGGCAAAUUUUUCAUGAUCACCAUGGGAUGGAAAUUCAGAUAUGAUGCAAGAUAAGAAUAUUUGAGAUGCUUUAUGAAGUCUUACAAAUAACUGUUAGUUCGUAUAUUGCUUUGAAAGACAUCUAUAAAUAUUACAAACAUUUGCUGAUUUACAUUACUAAAUGUAAAACAAUGAUGUGAUUCAAGGUGUUUUAAUUAAUUAAUGGUAACAAAGCGACUGUUAGUGGACAUUUUGAUGUUACUAAUCGUAUUCCUUGUGCUUAUAUAACUAUGAAGUUAUCCUGUGGUGAUGAAUGUAAGGAAAAAUUGUGAAGCUGUAAUGAAUCAAAUGGUCCUGAGGUAGGAGUGGAUGACUUAGUGGCAGUGACCACAUUUGAAAUUUCUUGUAGUGUUUUUGGAAACUAUUUAAGUUUUCAUUUCCACAUAUUUUUAUAUUAACAUCUACACAAUACUGACAUUUGGAUGAUUUGCAGUUUAUAUGUGUGAAUUUGACCAAAAAAAAGUGUCAUAAUAGGAUUGUUGAGGAGAGAUUGAUUGUUAAAGAAUUCUGCCCUCAAAUGGCAGGAUAAUAAAAAGUUUAGUCCUAUUAUAAUGAUUAAGUGAUUACAAAGUAUACAGAACAGUUUUUAUUGUUAGAAAUAGUUUUCUGGCAUUGUCUGUUACGUGAUGAAAAAUAUUUUUCUAAAGAGAUAUAAUGUCUUAAACUUCAAGUAUUUUUUGAUCAAAUGAACCCUUAUUUAAAAUUUUGGGCUCAGACCAAUUGAGUGAUAAUAUAGACUUGUUUUAGGACUGAGUAUCUUGAACCCAAUUUUCAAGAAAUGUUAUUUUUUAUUUUUAUAGUAAAACAUUUUCUAUUGAAAUUGAGUUUCUUUUAAAUUUUUGUCCAUUUCAAUUAAAAAUCAUUGUAUUUAAUUCCAAUGGUUAAAAUAUCAGCAACAUAAAUUAUUAUUUUAUGGGCUAGUUACAAACACAUUGACAGGUAAUGUAUGUGUGUUUUUAGAAUGUUUCAGAGGGUCAAUGAUUACAAAUGAAAUUCACGUACAGUUUUUCAAGGAACACCUGUUGGCUUUCUUGUUUUCACAAGAUGUUGGAUGAGAGUCUUCUGUAUAUAAACAUUUAUUGCAUUUUUGGGCCUCCUGUUCAUGCCAAUGGAUUUAGAUGCACUGUAUAUUGAGGCUGUAGCAUGUAACAGGAUUAUAUAUAAGUACACUACAUCAUCUGUGAAAUGUACUUAUCACAAAUUGGUGCCAUGUCAUCAAGGUAAGGACUUCCUGAAAUAGGAAAUAAAACAUUAUUAAUGAUGGGUGUGUCAAGAUUCUCCAUCCUUUGUCUUGGUUGUUGUUUGAAACAUCAAGCACACAAGGAGAAAACUUUUUCUUUAGACAGGUUGAAUGCAGUUCUGAUGAUUUGUAUGGUUUGAUUCUGCUUUUGUUAGAAAUUUGAGUUUUUAGCUAAAAGCCAGCUUUAUUGUGGUUAAAGUUCUGUUAAUUCUUCUAUAUAAUUGGAAAUUUGAACACAUUUCCUGUGCAUCUGUUGUAACACGAGUUUUUAAUAUUUAUUGUUGUGUUAGCAAUAUAUGAGGAGUUGGGUUACAAUAAACAAUUUAUUUCAUGUUAAUUGUGAGUAAAAUUCAAGAAUCCCUGUAGUUGUUUGUUUGUUGUUCUUUCUUCUUGUUAUACUAGUUUUUAAUUUGUUUCUAAUGAAUGUUACAGUUCAGUUGAAUUUUCACAUGUGUUAUAAAGAGGAUUGUAAGAAGGAUGUGGCAUCAACAACUACAGUCAUCUUUGACAACUUUUAAAUUGCCCAUGACAUCAAGAUGCAGUUAUUGCUGAAAAGUAGCAAACAUAUGGGCAAGUUAUAACACCAUUGUGCUAAUAUUCAUAAUAUUUCAAUUUACAGAGAGAUUGUCAACUUGAUUUUUUAAAUGGCACCACACGAUUUUCUUUUGGUAUGAGAAGAGGAGUUCAGUAAUGUAUUGUUUAGGUUUGAAAAGUAAUACUGAAUAAAAAUAAUCUCUGUGCCUUGUGAUCUGUAAUUUCAUGUAGUAGGUAUUUUAUAUUUCCUUGUUGCCUGAGCCGCACUAGCAGGCCAAAUUUGCUGCCAAUGGAGUAGAUGGCCUAGGUAUAGGUGCUGGGAGGGUGCGAACAGGAGGAACUUGAAACCAUACUGACAUGGGGAACAAGCCAGGAAAAACAGUAAACUUUCAAUCCAAAAUUUAUAUUAGUUGUAACAGAAACAUGUUUGAAUUGAGAUUCAAAUGCCUCAUCACCACCAAAAUUCAAUGUUCUUUAAUUUUUAGUAAAUAAAUAAUUUUUGAGUUCACACGCCAAAGCUCAGUGGUCUAAAGAUUAACAAAGCCAUGAUUAUGGUCUUGAAGGAAACUACAUUGGAAUAUUUUCAGCUGGGUAUGCCCAGGGCCUUAUAACUUCCACAUAACAUGGUGGAAACCAUAAAGGUGGUGUGCUCUACUGCCGCACCUUACAGAAACUUAAACAAUAACUACUGCCAAAGAUACUUGAAACGUGCAUGGCUGUUGCGUGAAUUCACGGGUUGCAAGCAGGCCCAUAAUAUUAGAAAAGAUGGCGCUGUAGUUUGUGCUUUCAGGGAUUUAUUAUAUGUGUAUAUUAUGAAUAAUUGAACAUUUAAAAGACUCUUUUCUUAUUUCUCACUGAUUUACCAAUUUUUGUGUUGUGGAAAUUGGCGAGCUUAACCUGCAGCUGUACCUGGCGACACUAGCCCCUCCUAGAGCUUUGUCCCCUGACGGAGAGUUGCAAGGCCCUGGGUAUGCCCUUCUGUGAAUAAUUGUCUGUGCCUUUGGGCCUUUCAUGUGUCCUGGUUGCCAGGUCUUUGUGACCAAUGGUAGUGUUGCUAACAGCACACCCUGACAAUGUACUUAUUUAUUUUAAGAUUUGCUUGUAGCUUACAACAGACUAUAUUGCAGAAUUUGUAUCACUUUUUUUUCGAUAUCUCUCUUCAAACAUUAACGAAUGAUAUAUCAUAGUUCUUCUGUUCUGAUCUCUCCAUUUCAUGUGAAAAACAGUAUAGGCCUAGUUACAUUUAAAAAUAUCAGAGUUGGCUCAAAUAUCUUUGUAAAUAGAAAUAUAUUAGAAAACAGGUCUGCAGCUUAUUUCCCCCGUUUGGUGUCCUUGAGUGAAAGUUGGGUAUAUCAUCAACCAUUUAGAAGUUACUGAGGGUCUUCAUAACUAUCCUAAAUGUACUUUCUCAUAUAUUCUUGAUUGUGUGGUACAUUGGCAACAUCCAAUGUUCAAUGUACAUGUAUUAUAGGGAAAACCAAAGAUUAUUGAUGUCUUUCUAAUAAACACAACACAGAAUAAAAAAUAUCAGUGAUGUGAACUUACUUUAGUGAGUACCAUCACUGUUUCUCUGAACUUUUGCCUUGCUAUGUUUCUUAUUUAAAACAGAUGACAUUUGAAAGUGUUCUUACACAAUGCCAAACUCAAUAUUUAACUGUGAUUGUUAACAUGUAUUGUUAUCAUCUUGGAAAAGAAAAACUCUAUUCCAUAUAGAACAGGAUAUUUUUUCUUCACCAUAAUUUGUAGGGUGUAUGAAUAUUUAAUUGACUGUUUUGUGAAUAAUAUGAUGAGACAAUAUUUUGAAGUUUUAUUAAAUCACUUUGUACAGAAGAUGACUUAAGGUUAACCAUAAUUUGCAUACAAAACAGCUGAUUACUUUAAUAUUAAUAAAAUUAAAGCUUUUCUAAAAGUUUAAUUUCUGAUUAUACUUUUGAAAAAGAUUUAAGCAUAUUUCACAAAUUCAUUCUGUUUUAAGUUAAUAAAAAUACAUUGUUAUUAUAUUUUAGAAUGCAACUUGUGAAUAUAGCUUGCCAAAAAUAUGGACAAUUGACUGAACAGUGUUUAACUUCUCCAAGUUGAAUAGCAAAGAGUAAUGUAUUAUCCUUUAUGUAUGUACAUGGAAGACAGAAGCUUCUAAUACCUGUACAACUUGCUCAUAAUUGUGACUGAUUGAAAAGGGAAGUGAAACUGUGCCAUAAUUUUUUUUUGUUUGGAUGUGUCAGUGUUUGGAUGUGUCAGUGUUUGGAUGUGUCAGUGUUUGGAUGUGUCAGUGUUUGG